AUGCCACGAAAAUCGGACUCUCACCACCCCGACAGGUCUGUUAAUGAGUUAAUUGAAGAAACCAACGUCCCGCGGGAGAGCACGGCACGUGGGGUCACAAAAUGAAUUCUGCAGUUAUUUUUGGCAACAGAAAUUUGGCGACUUUUGCUGCCAUUUUUUGUAAGAUGGUGAUUUGAUGUCUAAUUUUAUGAUUUUCGGUGAUUUGUUGAGAUAGGGGGAUGUUUUAAUGUUAUUUUAGUUAAUAAAUGUUAAGUAAUACUGUUUUGAACAAGAAGAAACCUUCGAAAAACUAAAAAUAUUUAUCAAUUUCAAAUUGGCGCCAUUUUUUUGUGCUUUGGUUAAGACUUUCGUAAGAAUUUUAUUUUCCUGGCAAAAAAGAGAAAUAAAUAUUCAAAAAUUCAGUUUUUGAACAAACGAUUAUGUCUACUACAAUAUUAUAGUAGAAAUGCCUCAAAAAUCUCAGAUUGACCACUAAUCACUUCCUGUUUACUUACCUUCUUGUUUUUGUCCAAGAUCAACGUUAAUUGUUUUAGGGAAAACGAAUUAGACGCGAAUGCUAGACCAGUUCAAGGAAGUGAAAACGGGAAAGACUGGCACACCGUACAAGCGCUUCUUCCCCCAAUCGUGUUUAACCGCCUCAAACACGUGGAUUCUGUUGUUCUCAAGGAUGUCAAGCUAACUGGUGGGAACACUGGAAGCACUGAUCUGUUCUGUUACACCGUGAAGUGGCAUGGGAAGGCAAAAAGUCUAGAGAAGCUCAAUAAAUCGUCGCAUAGUCAUCAACAAAGUCAAUAUUCUAAUUAUUCUAGUUUGGGACAAAGCUCGGGAGGAAAAGGUAAGUGUUUUAUGUUCAAUUUUUAUUUGUCGAAAGAAUGAUACCUUUAAUUAUCAGUAUUUUAGACAGUAUAUAGCUUUCUUUUAGCCGACUGCAACAUUAUUUUAGGCGAAGUUUUAUGUAAAGGAGCUCAAACAUAUGAAGUACUUCCUGACAGCCGACGUUGUGAAGGACCGUGUGGAAGGUUACGAUCUAUCGACGAGUUGCUAGCAUUUGGAAAGUGUGAUCAUUUGGUUUGUAAAUCGUGCAUUACAGAGAUGUCACCUUUAUUUAAAGAUCCAAGUAGGUAUCCCUCUUAUCUUCAAAAUAGCAAAAAUUUCAGUUACAAAUCAAACUUGAGAGCAGUAAGUCGUUUAAGUUUACUUUGACAUCAAAAUAUUUCAGCCCGUCCUAUUUGUUGCAACAUUUCUUGUUUGUCAUCGUUUCUGGUCGAUUCUUUUCCGCCAAAUUCCAAACACCAAGACAUGUACCGUAAAGCGCAGAAGAAGCCGAAGCAAGUCCUGAAGAAGAUCAACCCCGAAGCACACUCCUUGUACACCCAGCUGAAGAAGAGCGACACCAGCAGCGAGACCAACGUCUCUUGUGAAUCCCUGACCUCCUUCAGUCGACCAAGUCAGUCGGUCGAUAAAAUGGAAGGAAUUUGUCAGAGUCAAUCGAGCGACAUUUACUCGAAUUCGCUCAGCUCGGGACUGUCAAGUCAGUUCAGUACUUUUGGCAGUCAGAAGAAGAGCCAUUCCAGCGUGAAAGGUGUCAGCAUGUGCAAUGUCAGCAUCCUCAUACUGGAUGGAAGUAAUCGUCGUUUCGAGAGAAGAUACGCCUAUAAUACCAAGUUAAAGAGCUGUGUCGAUCAUCUGGCUCAGAACUACUGGUAUGGUUUUGGAUUUGUCCUAGACUUUUUUAACUUUAUAACUACUCAUAAAUUCAAAAAAGCUUUUUUGGUGUUAUGUCCAAUAUUAAGACAAAAAGUAAAAUUAUGUAUCGUGUUACCUUUGAUUAUAACUAUACGGAAACCGUAAUCUUUUCAGCAACAGCAGCAACAUGAAGGUGUACUUAGAAGAAGGAGACGUGUUCACACAUGGCCGAGCCUACUACAUCGACAUUAAAAAGUACGGUAACUUCUCUUUGCUACAUUUGCCAGCUCAAGAUCAUUCCAUCUACCUCAUCUUCGACCUCAUCGAUUUGCUCGAGCAUGUCGAGAACGAGUAUGCUCAGCUUUGA